GGUAGGCGGAUCCAAUCCCGCAGCGCUGGUUCCGGUGACCGGUCUGCGGUCACAUCUCCGAUCUGGAUUCAGUGCCGCCGGAUUUCUUUGUUAUUGGUUCAUGCUCUGCGUCUUUUCUUCGUUUUAAGCCUUUGUUUUGUUAAACGUUGAAGCCCGGAUCGGUGUUAUGUUCUUUAACCCGCCUCUGCUCGCUUGUUUUGUUGUUGUCGGCUCGCCGAGAGGGAUCCAUCAGCGGGACUUGUGGGCUUUAAGGUUUUUAUUUAAACGCUGUUAUAUAACCGGAUGAAGCGCUCGCCUUCCUCCGCUCGUUUCCCGGUGACGUGAGCUUUAUUCGGACCCAUCUUUCUGCUGUAGCGAGAGGACAACCCCGUGCGUGUUCAUGCCCGAUCUGCAGCGCUUCAGUUUUAAAUACCAUAGCAUGAAUCCAUUGUUGGGGGCCAACACGCACCAACAACAGCACCCGCAUCAGAGCCAAGGACACCCGGACUCCCCCUCAGGACUCCUCCCAGACGCAGUGUUCGGUGGACCGGACCCGGAGACUCUUCUCCUCGGUGAGCAGCUGGGGCCUGACCCGCAGGGGCCCGCGCCCUUCCUCCACCACACCCACAGCAGCCCCUACCAGCACCGCACGGUGCCGCACCCCCCCGCAGCCAUGGCCCUCAGAAACGACCUGGGAUCCAACAUCAGCGUCCUGAAGACCCUCAACCUGAGGUUCCGGUGCUUCCUGGCUAAAGUGCACGAGUUGGAGCGCAGGAAUAAAAUCUUGGAGAAACAGCUGCAGCAGGCCCUGGAGGCCAGCAAGGGCUGUCCAGGUGGAAGCUGCGAGAACAAGUCCCACACCCAGGAAGCAAGCGUGCAGACGGGAUUUGUGGGGACCAUUCCACUCAGACCGGGAUCCCUUCCCUUCCACAACACCAACAACUCUGCCAGAAGGCCGACAACACUGUUCACACCUCCACUGGCGGCAUCCUUCUCACCAGCAUCCUCUGAAAACUCCAGCUCAACCCAAACCAACGCCUCCUGCAACCCAGUCAUCACCAUCACCCAGUCCUCCCCCUGUGUGGACUCCCCAGGGCCCGGUUCUAAUAAAACCACCCAGAACAGCAAAGGCUCGGGGAACUCCACCAACCCUCCUCCACGCUUCCUCCCCGGGACCAUCUGGUCAUACAACCACACCCGGAAGUUUGGAGCCGGUGCCGAGCGCCUGACCAGUCCAGGAGUGUCCUGGAUGCACCCGGAUGGAGUCGGCGUCCAGAUCGACACCAUCACCCCGGAGAUCCGAGCCCUUUACAAUGUUCUGGCUAAAGUCAAGAGGGAGAGAGAUGAGUAUAAAUGCAGAUGGGAGGAGGAAUAUACCAUGAGGAUGGAUCUGCAGCAGAAGAUCGUGGACUUGCAAGAGGACCUGCAGGAGAGCGAAGGCUGUCAGGAUGAGCUGGCUCUCCGAGUGCAGCAGCUGAAGGCAGAGCUGGUUCUCUUCAAAGGCCUCAUGAGCAAUAAUUUGUCAGAGUUGGACAGCAAGAUCCAGGAGAAGGCCAUGAAAGUGGACAUGGACAUCUGCCGUAGGAUUGACAUCACCGCUCGUUUGUGUGACGUGGCCCAGCAGAGAAACUGUGAAGAUGUGAUCCAGAUGUACCGGGUACCAGGGAACCCGCCGCAGGUUCCAAACAACCAAUCGUCCCUGAGUCUGCGGCGUAAACAAACCCCUCUGUCUUUCAACGGGAGCGAGUGCGACGAACCCAUCAGCACCUCCGAAAGCGACGCCGGAGUGGCUAAAGACGAGGAGCGCUUUGGCUCAUCGGCCAGUCAGAUCAACGAGGAGAUGCAGAGGAUGCUGACCCAUCUACGUGAGUGUGAGUUUGAAGACGACUGUGACAGUCUGGCCUGGGAGGAGACGGAAGAGACACUGCUGCUUUGGGAGGACUUCCCAGGAUGCACUCUGCCUCCAGACCCCACCCACCCACCAGGAGAGGAGGACUGUCUGGAGAAGGUGAUUAAUGACACCGAGUGUCUGUUCAAAUCCAGAGAGAAGGAAUAUCAGGAGACAAUCGGCCAGAUUGAGCUUGAACUGGCCACGGCGAAGAGCGACAUGAACCGACACCUGCAUGAGUACAUGGAGAUGUGCUCGAUGAAGAGAGGUCUGGAUGUGCAGAUGGAGACCUGCAGGAGGCUCAUCACACAGAGUGGCAACAAUAACCCUUCAGCAGCCGGGUCCGCAGAGGAGAGCGACCUGAGAGAAAAUGACAGAUCUUUAUCUCCACCGUCUUCCUCAAGUUCCAGCAGAUCCUGACACUUCCUCAUCCCAGCCAUUCGUCUGACAGGCUGUGAUCAUGUGACCUCUGCUGCAUCCAGCUACAGUACAAUGCACCUAUAAUGGCUUAAACAACAUUUUUACAUAUUUAUUCAUUUCUUGUUGUGGCGUUUAUGCAAAUCAGUCUGAGGCGAGGGUGCGUGGCACAUUUUGAGGAUUGUUAUGAUUCUAAUAAUCCAGGUGAUCAGUGAGGAAACCGGAAAUCUUUAUACCACCAUUUUAAAUCAUAACAGUCUGAGCAUUUUGGGGUGAUUAGUUGUAAAAUCCACAUGAUUUAUUGUGUAUUUAGUCUGAUCAUGAGCAGAAAUCACAGAAGUGUAAAAUUGUUUAUUUGCUUAAUUAGGUUGAUUUUUAUUAGAAAAUUAUUUUCACACCUAAAUCCUAACGAAAGACUCCACUUUACUAAUAAGCAGCUGCAUUCAUAGUUCACGAUAAUGAAAUAAAAAGUCAGAUUUAAUUCUCACACAUGCAUCAUUCAGCCUAUUAUCAAGGGAAAAAAAACUUUUUACGAUUGUUCUGAACGGACGACCGCCAUGCCUUCUCCCUCCUGCCAGAGCGCUGAGCUCUAAAACAGUAAACAUCCGUUUUGUCCACCCUUGUUUAUAAGCUGCGAAUCGCCUCAUUUCCUGAAGCACCUCUCAGAAAAAGCUCCUGAAUGCUGUGCAGCUGCAGCGCAAACGCCUGCAGCGACGUGAGCUGCAUGUUAAAGACAGACUGCAGAAAAUGUUUUGCUCACAUUAAAAUCCAGCCGAGAAUCUGGAUCCAGAUUAAUUUAAGUGAAUAAUGUACAAGAUAAUGAAAAUAAGGAGUUUAAUGGAAGGGUUUGUGCGCUGACAUCAUCUUAAUGACUUGAGAUAAUGGUGAGAUUAUGUUUUAGAGGAUAGCGUAAAGUCCACAAGAAUACUCGCUUUAUUGAUUAACAAUGGCUCAUAUUAAUAGGUCAGGUCUUUUGACUAAUUCAUCCUAAUAAUGCACAACAGCUACUUUGACAAAAGUAAAUUAAAGCUGGGGUCUGUAGUGUGAUGUCAUCAUGGAGAGGAGGAGGAGAUCUGAAUGGCUAUUGCCCCACCCCUGCUCCCCAUCCCUCUCUGAAAGGAGCUGAAAGCCACACCUUUUGCCAUGAACACAAACAAGUAAUGUUUUGGAUAUGUUCCUGCUCAGGCACACCUGAUUCUAACUGCUUAAUUAUCUCCUCGGCCUUCAUCAGCUUCUGCAAGAACUGCUGAUCACUCAUUUGAAUCUAAAUCUGCAGUGCUCAAGCAGGUAAACAUCUAAAAUCGGCAGGAAUCGGCACUCACAAUGCUAGCGCACCACUGCUAACGCUACAACGGGCUAAAACAAUCUGAUGUAGUGUAAGUUUGUAUGCUACACUAAUCUCUUAGCUGCAAAACAUAAAAGAUAAAUAUCUUUUUGUUCCCCUUCCUCCUCUUCCACAGCUUUUGAAGUUUACAGACUAACAUUAAUUCAAUGCAGAUCAAGUUAGCAUUCAAGCUAGGUCGAUGUGCUAGAGUUCCACAUCCGUGUCCCUCUGCACGGCAUGCUGGGAACUGGGUCACAUUCUCGUCGAUUGACAGCUCCCUCUUGUGGAUUCUACUGGUCAACGCGGCAGGCUCACACACAGACAUCAUAUGUAGACACCCUGUGGACUGGUGCUGCCUGGUGUAGCAGCGGGCCGCCAUCUUGGAUGGGUCUCCGUUCCCCCCAGUGCAUUUGUUUCUACUGAGGAAGCUGCUUACCCAACUAAAAACAUAUUUUAUUAUGCUUUUACACAAAAUCAGACAUAUGGUAUGACCUGAUGGUUAAAAUCUAAAUAUAAUUAUGUAAAAAUAUAAAAUCCCAGCAGUUAGGCAUAAAAUGUAAUCCCACGUGAUCUGUUUUCAACAACGUGCCAGUUGUUGCAACUGUACGCUGCACAAAAACGGACAUAUUUGUUCACUCUGCAUUGACUCCAGUUGGGUUUCGAGUGUGAGGAGACCCAUUCAAUAUGGUGGCGACGCUGUUAUGCUCCUCAGCACCCAAUGACGCGGCUACGUAUUCUUGUCUAUGGCCUAGCAUAAAUGAUUCAUUUUGCUGUAGAGGCUAGGGGAGGGGCUUAGGGAAAAUAUAAAUUAUGAAAGAUGACCUACUUUAUAUCAUAGAACAGGGUCCGAUAGUCAUUUUAAAAAUACUUACCCCCGCUUUACAGCAGUCUUAAAACAUUUUUUAAAAGUUUCAUAAACUGUCUGAUAGACAUUUUCUUCUUGAAAAUGCUCCAGGCUACGCCAAAAGUGCUACAGCUAGCUACUGCUGCUGCUAACGACAGCAAAUAACACGAAAUUCCAUGUAAAUAAUCAUGUUUUGUGAAAAUCACAGCUACAUGAACGUGUAUAAAGCAGAUUUUGGAUCAAACUUUUGAGAGUGGAGUCACCAAUUAAUAUUUCUCCAAACUGAAGUUGUUCAAAUGGGAGUCUAUUGUAUGCAUGGUGGUAAUUGUUCUUAACCUUACAAAAUCUUGCUUCAGAGGAUCAGAAGUAUCACUUUUUGUUGAUUUUCUGUGUGGAUAAAGGCUAUCAGAACAGCUAACUUCAGCAACAUCCUCAUAUUUUCUUUUAUUUACUCGAUUAAAUGUUUGGACAAAGACACCCAGAGACCAUCCUGCUGCAAGAGCAAAAUUGUGAUUUUUAAAUUUAGCCAUAGAAAUGAGUGGUGCAGAGAGCCUACGCCUCCUGACUGUCAUAUGAAGUCACCGUCGAUAGCUGCACCGUGUGCUUAACGUCACCACACCGAUGUGUCUUUAAGCUGUUAAUGAGUUUUAUUGCAGUUUAUUGUAGCUCAGAGAGAGCAGGUUGUUCCAGAGAAGCAACACAAAGAAGCAGAACGUCUAAAAAUGAGCAGAGGAACAAAAAGUCAUGGAUGUUAGCGACUGAGUGCCAAAAUAAAAGAGAUUGUGACUAAACAGGAAAUGGCCGAUUAAAAAAAGACUAAAUAUGAAGCUGUUUCACCAAGGUGCUUGAUGUAAAUAAUUAAACCUAUUUUUGAGCAUUUGCACUUAGAAAGGAAGCAGCACUAUAUGAGUCACACGAAACGAAUCAGCUGAAAUAAAAUAAAGACACACUGGAAAUAGAUGGUUGUUUUUCCUCUUAGACGUUUCAGAUGAACACAUACCUCAUGGUUAAUUCUAUAAAAUCAGCUACUGGUUCUCAGAAAGAUUUUUCCAUUUAAUUUUCAGGAAAAGUGACAGAAUGUUAACAGAUGAUUGUUUUUGCAUGUUGGGUGGGUAGAAAUCUGCUGUUUCCAGGGUUUUUUCUCCUGUUUGAACUCAGAAGAAACAUGUUUGAAUGAGUCGUGUGAGACGUAAAACACCACGUUUCUCUUUCAUAUCGUUUUACCUUCAAGCACUGAGUGAGUUUCUUUGUAUGCAUGUGCCAGUGUGUCUGUUUUAGUCUCGUGUGUGUUUUUAGAAAGACGUUUACUGGGCCAGAUGCACAACAUUACAUCCUAAAAUCAUAUCACUCAUGCCGUUUCUUUACCAGUGUGUGUGUGGUUGCCGAGUAAAGUCUAUUUAAAAACAAUAGAAUAAUAAAAUGAAUCUAUGAAAACCAAUGCUUUUGCAGAAGUGACUGUAUGAUGGCUUUGAAAUGAUGAAAUAUAGCUUUGAAAAUAUAAUUGUGUUUAAAGAUCGCAAAAGACGACCGGCCACAGUCACUCACCUGAAAACAGGAACCUUCACUUAGGUCAACGAAAUUCUGAUGAAUCCAUUUUUGAUUGUAAAUGAGAAUUCUGGCAGAUGAUGUCGUAGAGAAACUAGCCUUGAUCUGUUUGGUUCAAAUUUGUGUCGUGAAACAAUUUGGCAAUAAUCCUGAGAUCUCAACAGGAAUUUCAAGUGUGUGACUUUGUGUCAGGACGAUGUUGUUUUGGCUUAAAAGCUUCCCUGCAGAUCUGCAGUAUGUAACAUGUCAGGAGAGACUGAAUAAAAGAUAAACUGAGCAAAAAAAUAAGACUGUUGUAGUUUUUUCUAUCUUGGCACCAGAAUGCAUCUUAAUCAAACACCUGAAGCACCUCCAUUGACGGCGUUUGAUGAGGAAGGGCAAUUGCUACAGCUACACUACAGCUUUGUGACAAUCAGAGCCACUCAGACCCAUGAGCACCCAUGCUAAAUGCACGAUUGUUGGUCUACAGCUACUUCCCUGAAUCGAUUGCGACAUUUGGGGCAGCAGUAGCUCAGGAGGUAGAACGGGUUGCCUCAUGACCGGGAUUGAUUUCAGCACCCGCCAGGGGUAUUCUGCUAUUGUGUCCUUGGGCAAGACAUUUCACCCAACUUGCCUGUGUUGGUGGUAGCGAGAGGGACGAACGGCGCCAAAUGGCAGCCUUGCCCCAGUCAGACCGCCCCAGGGCGGCUGUGACUAGAAAGUAGCUUACCAUCACUAGCAGUGUGUGAAUGUGAGAGUGCAUGAAAGUGUCUUUGAGUGUCCCAACAAAUGCUGUAUUAGUUCGAUGUCCCAAUCUUUUUAAUUAAAGUUAAAAAGUCCCAUUAGUUGUGUGCGACAUUUGUUCUCCGUAAAUUCUGGGGGGUGGGGGGGUGGGGGGGAGCUGCAGAUACAGCUGCGCUCAGGAGCCAUUUGGUGGUUUAACUCCCCAAAUCCAACCCCUCAUUGCUGAGUGUCAAGCAGGGAGGCAUUGGGUCCCAUUUUUCAAGGUCUUUGGUAUGACCCGACCUGGAAUUGAAUCCUGAUCUCCCAGUAUCAGGGUGGACACUCUACCACUAGGCCACUGAGCUGGUAUCCACUGUAAAGUAUGUUAUUGGGUUGGGGUUCAGCUGCUUUGGAGAGGUUUAGGUCAUCCUUGUUUGUGUUGGAUCUGCUGAGUCUUCCCCAGAACUCUCACAUGUGGAGUGCCUCAGGGGUCUAAUCUGGGACCUCUUCUUAUUUCAUUGUACCCACUUCCUCUGGGUUUAGUUCUCAGGAAGUACGGCGUUGCUUUCUGUUUUUACGCUGCUGACUCAAGUCCCACAGAAUCAGGAAAAAAAUAGUUGUGCAUCAUGGCUAUCAAGGCUUGGAUGUCUAGUAAUGCUGGAAAGUUUGGAACCUCAUGUAGACCUGGACUCACACCUGUGGCAACAAACCUUGGUGUUGACAUUGGUGAACUUUGUUUUUUUUUCUUUAGACAUAACUAGCCAUGUAAAACCUUUUCUGCACUAACUCACACUUCUAUCACCGUUUGUUUAGAUUAUUGCAAUGAACUUUGUGUCUUACUCAGUCUGAAGUCUCAUUCUUGGCUCCAGUUUGUUUUAGGAUUGAUUUUUUAAAUUCUUCUAUUUGUUUUUAAAUAUCUUCAGUGCUUCUCCCCUCCGUAGCUGUCUGAACUGUUGCAGUCGUAUGUUCCCCCGCUCUCUCAGGUCAGCUGAUCAGUUGUUGCUGGAAAUGAUUUUUACGGUUACUCUUUUGCAUUUGUUGUUAUUAUUGUGAUAUGGGGUACAGAUCUUUGGGUUAGGGUUAAGGCAGCACUCUGUUUUUAAAGUGCUUCAAUAAUAAAGGUGGAAUAGAAUUUUCAAAUCCAUAUCAACACAAGUGUGGUUCUUAAAUAGUGACAGAAAAAAACAUUUUAAACAAUACUCAGUGGUGAGUUUUGAUUUUUAAAUUAGACCUGUGGGCAUGGACAUAAUUUUCACUUUAGAAGUGGGGGGGAGACGGGGAGGGGGAUCUUUACAGUAUGUUCUAAUGGGAAACAGGCUUUAACACAAACGGUUGUUUUCUACUUGGUCCUAGAGCUCAACCACUGCCUAUUUAAUAUAGUGUAAUAUUGUUUUUGGAUGGUAAAAAGUGCAGGGGUCCAAACUUGACUUUGGAAAAAGUGGGGGGGGAACAUGUCCCCCCCCCCCC